UCACGUGGUAACCCGGCAGCACUUCCGGUAGCGCGGCGGAAGUGACGCCCGCGCGCGCGGCGAUGGCGGCGCCGAAGGUGAAGCAGGACAUGGCCCCGCCGGGCGGGUACGGGCCCAUCGACUACAAACGGCACCUCCCGCGCCGCGGCCUCUCAGGUUACAGCCUCUUUGCCCUCGGUGUCGGCAGCCUCCUGCUGGGCUACUACACCCUCAUCAAGUGGAACCGGGAGCGCAGGCGUCUGCUCAUCGAGGACCUGGAGGCACGGAUUGCCCUGAUGCCACUGCUGCAGGCGGAGUCGGAUCGCAGAACCCUCCGCCUGUUGCGGCAGAACCUGGAUGAGGAGGCCAAAAUCAUGAAGGAUGUUCCUGGCUGGAAGGUUGGUGAAUCCCUCUUCCACACGGACCGCUGGGUCCCCCCGACGCUGGAUGAGCUCUACUACCUGCGUCCCGCUGCCGAGAUGAACAAUGAGAAGUUCGGGCUGCAGUACUAUGUCUGAGGCACAGAGCAGCGUGGAAUGGCCCGGCACGGCACUUCCCGGGCUGCCGGCUUCCCCUUGCGCUGCCUGUUCUGGUGUCUGUUAUUAAAACCACACAGAUCCGCGGUGUCCA